AUGGACUCGAUGACCUUUGAAGAUGUGGCUGUGAACUUCACCUGGGAGGAGUGGGCCCUGCUGGACGCCACACAGAGGCAGCUCUACAGAGAUGUGAUCCUGGAGACCUGUGGUCACCUGGCCUGUGUGGAUUGGGCGACUCGACAUCAAACCAAAGACUCGACCCCUUGGCAGAACAACCUUGCUAAAAGGACGUUUCAGGAAGUGAACAGAGCACAUCUGGCAAGCAGCAGUUCCCGACUCUCCGAUCUCAGAGAAGACUGGAUGUCCCGUAGAAUAGAGGUGCCGGGCAAACAGAGAGGGCGAACACUGAAACAAGUUGCAGCUGCCCAUGAGAAAGAUGCCUCUCCCAUUGGAUUCUGGGAAUAUCCCCAAAUGAGGGACAUCUCUAACCCUGGCCAGAAGAUUUUGCCAUCACAGGGAGAUUCCACAAGAAAACAUAACCCAAGAUGUAACUCAGACAUCUUGAAACAAAUUCUCCUCUUACACAGUAAUCAAAAAAUCUUUACAAACAACGAAGAUGACCGAGUCAAGUGGCAGGAAAUGCCAUGGAUUUCACAUGCGAGAACUCAGACAGAGCUGAAAUCAAAGGCACAGAUGGAUCAUCAGAAUGACCUGCUUCAUUUGCAGGCUGAAAUGUACAUGGGCGUGAGCAUCCACAAAUACUGUCCACGUGGGAAAGCCUUAGGGGGAGACAUCUCCCUUAGGACACGAGGGAUGCCCCUGAAAGAGAAACCUCGUCAUUCUCAUCAGUGUGAAAACACCUUCCUAAAUAACUCUCUCCCUGCUGGGCAGACGCAACCCUAUGAGGCAGAGACAAAUAAUGAGAAUAAUCAAAGUGGGAAGACAUUUGUCCCUGUUCAGAGUUCCGAUUCGCACAGGAGAACUUCGAUGGGAGUGAAAAGCUAUAAGUGCAGGGACUGUAGGAAGGCCUUCGUGUAUCAAUCGUCCCUUAAGAAACACAUGGAAAUUCACACAGGAGAGAAGCCCUAUGCAUGUGAGAAUUGUGGGAAAACCUUCAGAUAUAUCUUACACCUUAAUAAACAUAUGAGAAAUCACAACCUGAAGACCUUUGAAUGUCUGGAAUGUGGGAAAAGCUUCAACAAGUCCUCAAAGCUUAAGGAACAUGUUAGGAUUCACACUGGAGAGAAACCCUAUAAAUGUCAGGAAUGUGGGAAAACCUUCAAUAAGUCCACAAAGCUUAAGGAACAUAGUAGGAUUCACACUGGAGAGAAACCCUAUAAAUGUCAGGAAUGUGGGAAAACCUUCAAUAAGUCCACAAAGCUUAAGGAACAUAGUAGGAUUCACACUGGAGAGAAACCCUAUAAAUGUCAGGAAUGUGGGAAAAGCUAUGCUAAUUCUUCAAGUCUUAAAACCCACCUGAAGAGGGUCUGCGGAUGA